CCUGGUUCAGCCUUGUCUUCAAAGUAAGAGAAGGGAGCAGGCCCCAGAUUUUCUAGGCUGUAAUCUGUUUUGAAGGCUGAGCCCUACAAAUUGAUGCCUCUUUCCAUGGUGAUGGCUCAGAGGAUUCUUGUGCAAACAAAUGAUUCCUCUCACCAUUCAUAGAAUUUAUAAGAAAACUUGAAGAUUUCAGGAUUAGCAUUGACCAAGCAGACAGAAUUUAUUCUGUGGGAAGCUGGUGGUGAGAAGAGCUCAAAGAGAUAUAAGAGGCACAGCUCAGCACUUCCCCUGUUGCAAAAUCAGCACACAGAGCAGGACCAGAGGAGCAGGGGACCAACUGAUGCCUGUUCCUUAAACAGUAGGAGGAGAAUUCAGCCAUCCAGUGUCAGUGUGUAGACAAGGAACAAGGGGGUAUGCAAGACACAGACGGUUCACCAUCACAAAGCUAGCAGUCUACAAGGAGACAGUAAAAAAAAAUCAAACCACUUCCUAUCGUGGAAUCCAAACCACAAUGGCAGCCCAGUACCUCAGCGACCCCAGGACCAGCCACGGGCUUGCAAACUCUGGAGAUUCCCAGCUGAGACUUGUCUUAGUGGGUAAGACUGGGGCAGGAAAAAGCGCAACAGGAAACAGCAUCCUCAGAAAGAAAGUGUUUCUGUCUAGCUUUUCUGCUGUAUCCAUCACCAAGCACUGUGAGAAAGGAAGCAGCACCUGGAAGGGGAGAGAAGUUGUCGUCAUCGACACACCUGGCCUUUUUGACACGGAGGCCCCAGAUGCUGAGACUCUCAAGGAGAUUAGCCGCUGCAUGGUGCUGACCUCCCCGGGGCCUCACUCUCUGCUCCUGGUCAUCCCACUGGGCCAUUACACACCGGAAGACCAGAAAGCCACAGAGAAGAUCCUGACGAUGUUUGGAGAGAGAGCUAGGGAACACAUGAUUCUCUUAUUCACCCGGAAAGAUGACUUAGAAGGCAUGGAUUUCCGUGAUUACUUAAAGCAAGCUCCUACAGCCAUCCAAGAGCUCAUUCACAAGUUCAGAAAUCGCUACUGUGUUUUCAACAACAAGGCCACAGGAGCUGAGCAGGAGGACCAGAGGGAGCAGCUGCUGGCCCUGGUCCAGGAUGUGGUGAACAAGUGCAAGGGGAGAUACUACACAAAUAGCCAGUAUCAGAAGACCGAGGAGGAGAUUCAGAAACAAAUCCAAGUGUUACAAGAAUAUUACAGAGCAGAGCUUGAGAGAGCGAAAGCUCAGAUAAAACAGGAGUUCGAAGAGGAAAUCAGAAAGCUGAAGGAUGAACUAGAACAGCAAAAGCGGAAGGUGGAAAUGGAAAGGCAAUUGGCAGAAAGGGAAGCUUACUGGAUUUCAAGGCAGCAAACAGCCAGAGAUGAUAUUUUGAGUCAGAAUAAGAUACUUGAAAUCAUCCUUAAUGUGUUACGAGGUUUUUCCUCUCUGUUUAAGGAUUAAACUUCAUGAAAAUA